CUUAUGGACUAAUCUUUACGGUUCAAAAGCCACAAGUGCACCAAACCAAACCAACAAGUCAAGAACAAAGACUAAUUACAAAUCGGUUCUUUGAGCUAUAUUUGCAUCAAACCAAACUAAGAACUAAUACAAAAGUUUUUUUGCAAAGAUAUCUAAGUGUGACUUUAUGUUUGUCGAGAUGGUACCGUCGCAAAUAUUAAGCAAUAUUACCAAAGUAAACGUUUCUUUACUACGAAAAAACAAUGUAUUUCUCAAAAGGUAUAUUUUACCACAGAUAAGAUGUAACAUAAGAAAUAAACAGAGCAUGACAUCUGAAGAUGACAGUAAUGAUCAGCCUAUUAAAUAUUCUACUUCAAAAGCUGCUUCUAUGAGAAUCAAUGAAUAUCGUGAUCCACAUGGAGAUUCAAUUCCAUGGUAUCAACCAUACAUAGUGUCGUUAAGUUUAACUGUCUUUUUAAUUUAUUUCUGUAUCUUAAGAGAAGAAAACGACAUUGAUACAAUGCUUGAUAUGGAUCUGGAAACUACACUAAAACAAGCUGAAAGAAUAACGCAAAAUAAAGCAGCCAACAAUGUAUAAUAAUAGAAAACUAGUUUAUUUCAA